AUGGCUCCUGCGACUCGAAAGAAGCUGAUGCCAAAAUCUGCGAUUUUGGUCAAAAAAUAUCAACGACCAAUUCGAAUUGGGUUCAUCAGUUUUGUGACAGUGCUAUGCAUCAUUUUCCUUCUUCACACACCACCACAACGCGUUCACAAAUUGAGCAAGAAUUUCAAACAGCUUUCAAAUAAGCUGCCACUCGUUGACCCACAGACUUUGGCUAAACCGCAUGCCGAUAAAGUCCAGAAGGUUAAAUAUCCUGAGAACGAUGGUACGCGUGAAAAAGCUGCGUUCGUUAUUUUGGCGAGAAACUCAGAUCUGUGGCCGUUAGUGUCAUCCAUAAGAAACGUCGAGGACCGGUUUAAUAGAAGAUUUCAGUACGAUUUCGUGUUCUUAAAUGACGUGCCGUUCGAUGAAGAGUUCAUACGCGUUACUUCAUCACUUAUCUCAGGUACGACAAAAUAUGGGCUUGUUCCCAAAGAGCAUUGGUCUGUGCCAGAAUGGAUUGAAGAGGAUAAGGCUACGAAAGCUCGCGAAAAAAUGACAGCGGAAGGUGUUAUUUAUGGCGACUCUGUUCCAUACCGGCAUAUGUGCAGAUUUGAAUCUGGAUUUUUCUUCCAGCACGAACUGCUGAAAGAUUACGAGUAUUACUGGCGUGUGGAUCCUGAUAUCCGCAUCUUUUGCGAUAUCCACUAUGAUGUGUUCAAGUUCAUGAAACUCAACAACAAGAAGUACGGGUUUAUUUUGUCCUUGACAGAGUACGAAGAAACGAUACCCACGCUUUGGGACACGACGAAACGAUUCAUUAAAGAAUACCCCAAGCAUGUCAGCAAAUCGAAUCUCAUGGACUUUGUCUCGGACGAUAAUGGAGACACUUACAAUAGAUGUCAUUUUUGGUCCAAUUUUGAAAUUGGAUCGCUCGACUUCUGGCGGUCUGAGGCUUAUCAGGAUUAUUUCAACUAUCUUGAUAAAUCAGGCGGAUUUUUCUACGAGCGCUGGGGUGAUGCUCCCGUCCAUUCCAUAGCCGCUGCACUUUUCCUCGAUAAGACGGAAUUGCACUUUUUCGAUGGCUUUGGCUACUAUCACCCAGACUUCUACUCUUGUCCCGUAGAAGAAAGUAUUAGAAUCCAAAACCAAUGUUCCUGCAACCCGGCUGAUGAUAAUACCUGGUACGACUAUUACUUUUGCACCAGGAAAUAUUUCGAUGCUCAGAAGCUGUCACUUCCACCAGGAGUGAAGAACAUUUAG